CUCAGUAAAGCGCCACAUGUGAAAUAGUCAACGUCUCUCCUUGAAGACUUGGCGUGGCGGUAAAUUGACUGCAAAUCAGCACGCCUGUUUGCUUCUGCUUUCAGGUUCUGUUUGUCAAACGGAUUACUUUCCCUCAAAUACCCCCCUUGCUCUCUACGCUUCCAUAAUCUUGGACUCUCCCACCAACAAAAAAAAAAAAAAAAAACUGAAAACUCAGAUCUCCGCCAUGGCAGUGGCCUCUGCCGCCGCAGACAGGAUCGAUCUGCCUAGGCCGCCCAUGGAUCCUUCUUUUUCUAAACUAGCUUCGGACGUUGUUUCUGAUUCUUCUACUUCGCCAAACGGAUCGUCUCCCACCAACACGCCCGAUCGCAAUGAUCCUUCCAAUUGUUCGCCCAACCCUAGUUACAAAGACGUCGAAAUUCAGAUAAGGACCAUCUCGAUUAAGCCUUUAAGUGCCAACUUUCAGUCUCCGGCAGCAUUGAGGAGUGAAGAAUACCGCCAACUUUUUAGGCUUCCACUUGAAGAGUUCCUUGUUCAAGAUUUCAAUUGUGCAUUCCAGGAGAGUAUUCUUCUUCAGGGUCACAUGUACCUGUUUGCUCGUUAUAUUUGCUUUUAUUCAAAUAUAUUUGGAUUUGAAACAAAGAAAAUAAUCCCUUUCAAUGAAGUAACAAGUGUUAAAAGAGCAAAGACAGCAGGAAUCUUUCCUAAUGCAAUAGAAAUCUUUGCUGGAGGAAAGAAGGUAUACUUCUUUGCAUCAUUUCUAUCACGUGAUGAAGCAUUCAAGCUCAUUAAUGAUAUAUGGGUGCAGCAUGGUAAUGGAGCACAAGAAAUUACAGAACAACAGGAAUCCAUAUCUGAGUGCAGCAGCCAAGAGAAUGGCUUUGUUGCAAUUGAAAAGGUUAAUAGCACCAAAGACCCAAUAAAUGACAUGGUAUCUACAGACAGGGAUGAGGAUGUUCCCACUUCUAGUGAUUCUAAGGUUCCAUCCUGUUCUGAAACUGAUACAGAAGUAGGUCCUGAAACAGUUAUAAAUAACGGGUCAACAGCAUCAACACAUACUUAUUCCUGGAAGCCAGAGAAUUGUGACGCACCUAAGGAAAUGGGUGGAAUCAUCAUUCAUUUUGUUGGCAGACGAGGGUACAUGGUGGCAAGAGAAGUUGCUGAAUGUUUUAACAAGGUUGCAGAAACAAAGUUUCCGAUUAAGGUAGAGGAGUUCUUCAAUUUGUAUUUUUCAGAUAAUGCUGUUAACUUCAUUGAAUCUUUUCAUAGAAGGUGUGGAGAUAAAGAAUUCAGGUGCUCUUCAUGGUGCCCUAAUGACAAAUUUGGACAUGUCCGUGAUGUGUCAUUUCAACAUCCAAUAAAAAUAUACUUUGGUGCAAAAUUUGGUAGCUGCCAGGAGGCCCAGAAAUUCCGAAUUUACAGAAACAGUCAUUUGGUAAUGGAAACAUCACAAGAGAUCAAUGAUGUACCGUAUGGAGAUUAUUUCCGUGUAGAGGGGCUUUGGGAUGUAGAAAAAGACAUUGAUGGCCCACAAGAAGGCUGCAUUUUGAGGGUUUAUGUUAAUCUGGCUUUUAGCAAGAGAACUGUUUGGAAAGGGAAAAUAGUGCAGUCUACUCUGGAAGAAUGUCGAGAAGCAUAUGCAACGUGGAUAGACAUGGCACAUGAAUUGUUGAAGCAGAACAUUGAUAAACAAGGAGGGGCAGAUCCUUCUGGAAGCUCAACUGAAAGCAAUGAACUCAAAAUUGGAAGGGAAGUAGCUACCAAGGAACCUUCAGAAAUGUGUCAUGAGUUGAGUGAUCCAGUAAGGACAUUGCGGAUGCCUGAUUCUCUGGAUGUUAACCAACGAAUUGGGAAUCUUUUGCAAGGAAGUUUGACUAAUGCUUUGUCCGUGGCAUCUUUGUUAAGAGAGUUUGUGAGGAAAUCCUACUCAUACUUGAAAAGCCAAGGCCACCUUUCACUAGUCUUAGCUGUUGCCUUUGCUGUGAUAUUCCUGAUGCAGGUAAGCAUUAUUGUGUUAUUAAACAGACCACAACACGUUCAUGUGAGUUACCCAGUAGAGUAUAUUAAUAGAAUGGGUGGUGGUGGAGGCGGAGAAAGGCCAGCUGAAGCUGUGGCCUGGUUGGAGAAGCGGAUGCAUCACCUUAAAGAAGAGAUGGUCAUGGUUGAAGCUCGGUUAGAGAGGAUGUGGCAUGAGCAUGCUGCUUUAAAAGCUCAGUUAAAAGAGGUGGGGUAUCCAAAGAACCAUCGAUAACAUCCUGUUUGUAUAGUUUUUCACAAUGAAAAAUUUCAUGUAAAUCACAAUCCUAAAAGACGGGAGUUACUCAAAUAAGGCAUUGGAUGAUAUCUGAAUCGUAUAUUUUACAUAAUAAAAAAAGCUUCGCAGUAAAUAAGCAAUCAUUUCUUUAUCGAUUUCGUAUUGAAUCCACG